AUGGCCGAGUUCCGGUCCCUGACCGCUACUGCCGGCAGCUCACGGCCAGUGUUCGUGUUCGUCGACGGCAGCUACUUCUCCCGAGUUUGCUCGACUAAGAUCCUCAACUGCAACCGGUGUUGUGACAUCUCCCGCCAAUGUCCUGGUCCAGGAAAACCAACAUCUGGACAGUUUAACGUAGAACGGAAAGGACAGCAAGUCGGGAGAGGAGGUCCUUUCCAAUAUGGUGACAGAGUUAGAUGGGUGUGUGAUACAGGAUUCACAGGAAAUACCAAUGCUGCAUGUCGAGCAGAUAGUACAUGGAGCAAGAACACACCAACCUGUACACGUAUAAGCUGUCCUGACCCUAGUGCACCUACCAAUGGUAACUACAUAGUGACUGGGUUGAAGUACGAGGAUACAGUUACGUACACCUGCAGACUGGGCUUUGACAUGCUGAACCAUCCAAAUCGUCCUAUUACCGGGGUGUGUAUGGCCAACAGGAUGUGGUCCAGCACCCAACCCACAUGUGAACGAAAACUCUCCUACUGUGAAAGCUAUUCUCCCAUUCAGAAUGGCAACGUUAACUGUUCUGGCCGGCGAAUCCAUGACAUCUGUCAGUAUCAAUGUGAUUCUGGAUAUGUAAAGGAGCGCCAUUCUUCCAUUCGCUGCAUACCGGGCACCGAGGUCAAUGGUAGAUGGUCGGAACGAGGAUCAUGCAGCCGCAUUAGGCGCAAUUCAAGCAAUGCAAAGCUCGUUACUCGGAUGAAACAAGAGGUCCUCAGCACAUAUGGGAGCAUCCUCCAGGCAUUAUCGGAUCUUCAAGUCGUUGUGACCAAUUCUGCUCAGAAAAUGCUAUCAUGGAGCUAGACACACCCGGGCAUUGCCCUGUAAGCCAUCUCUCAAACGUUUGAAUAUUUUCGGAGCAAUGUCACAGUCCACUCUGCCACCCACAGCACUCUCCAGAGUGUAUCAGUCUAUGCACAGUAGUGGCACGUCACCGCAUAAUCCAUGCACAGUAGUGGCACGUCACCGCAUAAUCCAUGCACAGUAGCCUAUACACUGUAACCACACUCCGUCUGAUAGUCUACACAGCAUAUUCUUAGUUUUGCUUGUAUCAUGUGAGUGCACCAUGUCUGCUCAUAGUCUCACACCUGCAAACAUACUAAGUACUGUAGUUUCAUUAGAAAAAAAAGAUAAUAUACACAAUCGGUUUUGUUCCAUUUCUAAAAGCUAUUCACUUUAUUUCAAUUUCGCACCACUCUCGCAGAAUCUCAAAACCUUCAACGGUGUUUAGUUUUUAGCCUGUCUAUUCUUAUGAAUAUGUUUGCUUCAUUUUGAUUUCGUUUUCUAUCGUUUGAGGCAGUGCAAUUCGUGUAUCUUGUGUUGAAACUGCUGUUGUUUGUUUCUUUGCACCUAUCGGGAUUUGCAGAAGCAUACAUAGGAAGUACAAUGAACAGUUUGGCGACAAGGAGACAAAUUUUAAUCCGAAUCGAUAAAGAAUAUGCACAGUCAUUCUAUGCAAUCAUGCAUCUA